UUCAUUUACAAGAACUGUUGCUGUUCCUAAAUUUCUACAUGGUGAUUCAACCCUAACCUUAACAUGAUCAGCCUGAUGUCCUGCGUCAUGAUGAAUUGGCUACUCUGCUCUCUGAAAGUGAAUCUUUCGGCCUACAGAAACUCUCUGAAGUGUCCUGUGGAAACAUGUCAACGAAAUUCUACAGUCAUUUGCGUAUGGCACUUUGGUGGCGGUCCAUUCGGGUCACUAGAUGAUGUUCUGGUGUGGGUGACGAAGAAGGCAUAGAUGUGACGUCCUGAACCUCUCCAGCUGCUCUCGGUGUGCCUAACGUUACAUACUUCUUGGGUUCAGCAUUACAUCACUGUGAUAUGUGUAAUUACUCACUGAUCUAACGCGCAUACCGGACUCGGUGUGUGUGCGUGGGACUGUUCCUCUCCCCGCCCCACAUCAGCAUCAUCACCUCCGGAAUAAAUGUCCCGCGAUUCACCAGCUGAGACCCAGAGACCCGGAGGAGACCAGGCGGACACUUUAUCAGAGAUACUUUGGAUUAAGACGCAUUUGCGCGCAUUGGAGAGGAAGCGUAAAGCGCACUUGUUUCUGGAGGAGUUUACCUUCAGGAUAAUAUGAAAUUAUUGCUGAACCUGCUGAUGCUUCUGCCUCUGUGCAGUGCUGCAGAUCCCACUGAGCAUCGCAGACCCAAGAGAGGAACACGCACUUACAGCAGAGAAGCUUGUGUGGACGCUGAUUCGGCCGCGGUCAGAGAUGUUGGUGUGUCGUGGCUGCGAUGGAAAGGUCAGAGGGUCGAGUUCUGCCGCUGCGCCGUGCGAGGAAGAGUCCGCUGUCACCAGAUACCAGUGACCACAUGCUUCGUGUCGAGGUGUUAUAAUGGCGGUGUGUGUAAAGAAGCCGUGUACUCCAGUGACAUCAUCUGCCAGUGUCCGCCGGGCUUCAGCGGCACACAGUGUGAAAUCAACACAGCUGAGCGAUGUUUCAGGGGUCAGGGGUCAGGUUACCGUGGCACCUGGAGCAUGAGCUCGUCAGGACUGGAGUGUGUUAACUGGAACUCCAGCUCACUCCGAGGAAAGAAAUUCACAGCCCGGAGAGUGGAGGCAAACACACUGGGACUGGGAAACCACAACCACUGCAGGAAUCCAGACGGAGACACUAAACCCUGGUGUUAUGUGUAUAAAAAGGCUCAGAUCACAUGGGAGUUCUGCUCCGUUCCGACCUGCAUCAUAGACCCGUAUCUAGAGUGCGCUCGGGGAUCGGGACAGUCCUACCGAGGGACGAAGGCCGUCACACGCAGUGGUCUGAAGUGUGUGCCGUGGGAUUCGUACGCUGCGUCUCAUAAGAUCUACAGCGCGUGGAGAUCCGACGCCAGAGACACGGGCAUCGGCAGCCACAACUUCUGCAGGAACCCGGACGGUGACCUCGGCCCCUGGUGUCACGUGUAUAAGGGCUCUAGGUUGACCUGGGAGCUCUGUGACGUCCCCAAGUGCCCGAGGAAAGUGCCGUCGAUCACCACACUCGGCCCACGAGCCCCUGCAACCACCAACAAUCAAGGUUCCUGCGGUCAGCGCCUCGAAGCUCCUUCAAACUCUCUGCCCAUGUUCAGGAUCCGUGGCGGUCAGGUCAGUGAUAUCCGCGAGCAGCCGUGGCAGGCCGCCAUCACCGUCUAUCUCCCUCGCGCUCAGUCACACAACUUUCUGUGUGGAGGCGUCCUCAUCGACUCCUGCUGGAUCCUCUCCGCUGCGCACUGCUUCCAGCAGAGGUUUGAUGAGAAGCGUCUUCGAGUGAUUCUGGGUCGAACCUUCCGGCUCCAGAACUCCAGCAGCGAGCAGAUCUUCGACGUGGAGAAAUACUGGAUCCACGAGCAGUACGACGACGAGACGUACGACAAUGAUAUCGCUCUGCUGAAGUUGAAGAGCGAGUCCGGCAUCUGUGCGAUCCACUCUCCUGAAGUCCUGCCGGCGUGUUUACCAGAAACCAACUUGGUUUUACCGGAUUGGACAGAGUGCGAGAUCUCUGGAUACGGGAAGGAGGAAGAGUUUUCUCCGUUUUACUCUGAGAGAAUUAAGCGUGGUAUGGUGCGGUUGUGGCCGCAGGAUCAGUGUGUGCCGGAGAAGCUGUCCGGUCGUCUGGUCACCUCCAACAUGCUGUGUGCCGGAGACACGCGCGGCCUGGACGACGCCUGCAAGGGAGAUUCCGGUGGUCCUCUCGUGUGUCCGAAUAACGGCAGAAUGACUCUGAUGGGUUUGAUCAGCUGGGGAGACGGUUGCGGGAAGAAAGACACACCCGGCGUUUACACACGCGUCACAAAAUACUUAAACUGGAUCUCCAGCAAGACGAGAGCGAACUGAGACACAAACGAACAUCAUCAGCACAGAACACAGAGACUGUUGGGUACGGGAAGUAAGGUGGUGAUGGGGGAAACGUCUCCACAUUCGCCGACCUCAACAUCGACUAGACCGCUCUCCAGUUGAGUUUGAGGAGGACGUGGGAAUGUGACACUGAUGUGACAUGUGACAUCUGAAUCCAAAGACACCAAACAAUGUGGCCUUAAAUUUGAGCUUAAAAAGGAUGACAUGGAAAAUACAUGAUGAAGACUUGUGGGUGCUAAAGUGCAAACUGAUGUACGAGAUCCUUUAAAAGUACUUCAUAUUUCAAAAUAAUAGAUUUAGAGGCACUUUUGCUUUGCUUUUAGAUAGUGAAGAGACAAGCGAUGGCACUUUUGAAUGUUACGUGAUGCUUCUGCUCUUAUGAUGAUGUUAGAUCGUAAUAAUUGUACAGGUUUUUAACACUAAACUUCUGCUGGGUCAGAGAGAUGUUUGUUUCAUGGUCAGUGUCCAAAUAAGUUCAUUUGACUGUAUUUAAUACGACUUCAGGUCCUUGUUAACUGGAUGUUUGACUGAAAAAUGUCUUUAUCAAAUCAGAUCUAAUAUUUUUAAUCACUGACUUUAAAUGUUGGGACGCGUAUUAAGUUAAUAUUUAACUAUUUUAUAAACUUUUAUAAACUUGAGCAGCUAGUGCUAAAUUAUUGUUUGUUUGUUUUAUACAGGAAAUGCUUGUACAUUAUUUUAUUAUUUCAUUUUCACUUUUUAUAAAACACGAAAUUGAAACAGUU